GACUCCUCGUCGCCCCGGUCCUCGGGCGGUCCAACCCCCACGCACCCAGCGGCCGGCCGACCAAAAAACCAAGCUCCCGCCGCCGGGCCGUCCCUCCCUGCUUCUCCUAAAGCGGCAAAGCUCCAAACCCUCUCUACCGCCGCCUCGCCCAUGGCGGCCGCCCGCGCCAUCCUCCCGCUCCCCCACCUCCUCCUCCCCUCCCCCCGCAAGCCCUUCCUGCUCGCGCCCUUCCCCUCCCCUCGCCGCGCCGCGACCGCCGCCGCCGCGCCGUCGCCGCAGCAGCUCACCACCGCGUCCCCGCUGCGGCUGGGCGACGUGAUCGAGGCGCAGCAGUUCGACCGGGAGGCGCUUAACGAGAUCUUCGAGGUGGCGCGGGAGAUGGAGGCCGUGGAGCGGGGCUCCCACGGGGCCCCCAGCCGCGUCCUCGAUGGGUACCUCAUGGCCACGCUCUUCUACGAGCCCUCCACGCGCACGCGGCUCUCCUUCGAGGCCGCCAUGCGGAGGCUCGGCGGGGAGGUGCUCACCACCGAGAAUGCGCGCGAGUUCUCGUCCGCCGCCAAGGGCGAGACCCUCGAAGAUACUAUAAGGACCGUUGAGGGUUAUUCUGAUAUUAUUGUUCUGAGACAUUUUGAAAGUGGAGCUGCAAGGAGAGCAGCAGAUACCGCGGACAUUCCAGUUAUUAAUGCAGGUGAUGGGCCAGGGCAACAUCCAACUCAGGCUCUGUUGGAUGUGUAUACAAUAAAGAGAGAAAUCGGCACGCUAGAUGGAAUAAAACUUGGUUUGGUUGGUGACCUUGCUAAUGGGAGGACUGUUCGUUCUCUGGCCUAUUUGAUUGCUAAAUACCAGAACAUUAAAAUAUACUUUGUAUCUCCAGAUGUUGUAAAAAUGAAGGAUGACAUCAAGGAUUAUUUAAAUUCCCAAGGUGUUGAAUGGAAAGAAAGUUCAGAUUUGUUGGAGGUGGCAUCCAAGUGUGAUGUUAUUUAUCAAACACGCAUUCAAAAAGAAAGAUUCGGUGAGAGGAUCGAUCUUUACGAAGCUGCUCGCAGUAAGUACAUCGUGGACAAGAAGGUGUUAGAUGUGCUGCCAAAGCAUGCUGUCAUCAUGCAUCCCCUUCCAAGGCUCGACGAGAUCACAGUAGAUGUUGAUAGUGAUCCAAGAGCUGCAUACUUUAGGCAGGCUAAGAAUGGUCUCUACAUUAGGAUGGCAUUGCUCAAACUUCUACUUGUUGGGCAUUGACAGUUUUCCUAGUGCUUGAGUUGUGCUGUUUCGAGGUAUCUGAAAAUGCACUAUUAAUCAGUGGCUCGGAUACAAUUUCAACUUGUCAAUGCUGUGCAGGUAAUACAUGGCUAGAUCCUUGCAAGAAUGUAGUGUUGUUUUGCAUGCCUAAUGUCAAUGUACAAACGGUGCUCCAAACAAAGUUUUGCUGUUCUCAUCUGAUAAUGUGGAGCAUCAUUCGUGGACGGUUGAA